AUGACAGUCUCUCUCAGAAACACUCAAGAAUUCAAAGACUACACUCUUGAGAGAUUGUAUGGAACUUUGAAGACCUAUGAGCUUGAAAUGGAACAAGAUGAAGAGAUAGAGAAAAGCCAAAAGAAAGGGUAUUCAUCUGUGGCUUUAGUUGCAUCUCUUGAUGAAACAAUCAAGGACAAGGGAAAAUCUCAAGUUGAAGAAACUGAGAAGUUAGUCAAAGAAGAGAACUCAGAGUCAAGCAAAGGUAAAGGAAAAGAUGUUGCUGAUUCUGGUGAAGAAAGUGAUGGGAUUGAUGAGCACUUGGCCUUCCUGUCAAGAAGAUUCUCCAAACUGAAAUUCAAGAAGAAUUUCAAUGCUGCAAAAUCAUUUAAAAGCAAUUCCAAGCCUGACAUUAACAUGGUGGAUAGAUCCAAGUUUAAGUGCUUCAACUGUGGAAAUGCAGGUCACUUUGCAAAUGAAUGCAGAAAGCCAAAAACUGAGAAGAGGUCCAGUGAACACAUGGACUACAAAAAGAAAUAUUAUGAACUUCUCAAACAAAAAGAAAGAGCAUUCAAUACAAAGGAUGAUUGGGCAUCUCUUACUAAGAAAAAUUAUAGAAUUAAGGAAGCUAACACCUUUCUUAGUGAUAGAAACGGUGUUCUAGAAACUCAGUUCAUUGAGUUUGAGAAACUGAAGAUUGAAUGUCAAACAUCCAAAGAUGAUCUUUUGGCUGUCUUAAAAAGAGAAGAGAUCAUAAGAAAACAGCUUGAUAAGGAACAAGAAAUCAUUGCCAAAUGGAAACCUGGGAGAGAUGUUUCCACUAAUAUCACCAACAUGCAAGGUAGAGAAACCUUUGUUGAGAAUGAAUGGAAAAGGAACAAGAAAGCUCUUGAGAUCUCAGAGAUUAGUUCAAGUGAUGAGAAUACUGAUGAUGAUCAUCAGUUGAAAAGCAAAGCUUCAACUGAUGAAAGUCAUCAGUUGAACAAAAACUCAUCAGUUGACAAGAAAGUUCUCAAGAAACUCAACAAGAAAUAUGGUCAUGUUAAGAAGAACUUUGUCAAAGGUGAGAAUAAUUCUUCUGAGACUAGUGAGAGUGCAAACAACAUUCAUAAUUCCAGUAACAAGACCAAGAAGAAAUUGGAUGCUAGUGAGCCUAAAUCAGAAGAGACUAAAAAGAACAAAGGGAAUAGAAAUGGUAAGAUUGGAAUCAAUAAGCACACAGUAAAUGUGGUAGUGUAA